GCGCGCGGUGCCGGCUGGGGCGCCCGGGGGCCGCGAGCGCGGCGCUGCGGCUGUGGGGCUCGCCUCGCCUCUCCUCGCCUCGCCUCGCCGCGGGGAAGGCGCGGGAGGCGGCGCUGUGGCCGGCACGGCCGGUUUGGGGUUGCGGGAGGCGGGCGGGGGAGGAGCACGACGGAGGAGCGGGCGGGCCGGCCCGGCCGGGCGUAGAACGUUGCCUCAAACCCGGCUCUGUGCGCCCAGGGGCGGCUGAUGCCCCCGGCGCUCCCCACUCCGCUGCCGCAGCCGGGCCGCACCGGGACGGGGCGCCGCCGCACGGCGGAGCCGACGCCGGGUGAGCCGAGGCGGGGCCGGUGGUGGUGGUGGUCGGGAAGCGUGGCGGGGACCUGCCGCUCUGUGCCCCGCAGCCGGGGGUUCCCUGCUAGACCUAGGGGCGAGGCCGGCCCGCUGCACUGGGGGCUCCCUCUGCGCUGCUCGCCUCGCCCCCCAUCCUCCAGCAUCCCGGGUCGGGUGCCUACCUGCCCGUCCCUCUGCUCCGGUGGGCUGCGUGGGAGGCAGAGAGGUCUGCUGAGAACCUCAGCGACCCCGUCUUGGGGGACGGGGAUGUUCGCUUAGCCUCCGCCGCACCCCGACUUUUGCUUCUUGGGAGGAGGGAGCGGCGAGGUGGUCCGGGAAGGCAUCCUGUGGGCCCGCCCACGUUCUUAGCCUGGCUGGGGUGAGGGGAACCUGUCCACAGCCUUGACCUUCAGCUCCUCCCAAGAAUAGCAAAAUCUAAGAAAAACCGGGUCCAGCAGCCGACCCCUUUGAGCGAAUCCGAGAUUCCUAAUCUCAGCCCGGCGCGUGUGGCACAGUCAAGUCCUUCGGCGACCCCAGGCGCCUCCCCGACCCCCAAGACUGAGCCGCGUGUCUCUGAUGCGGAAGAUGGGGACACCUGCGCGACCCUCUUCCUUGUCCCCCUGGCAGUCACCUUUCGGACUCCCGCAGGUCUAACCUGCUGGCUCGGUCGCCCUCUGUCGGCCGGCCCAGCACGGCGCUGCCCCUUGCCGUGGGCUCCUCGCCCAGGAAGCCGCCCCCUUGGGGUGUCGUGUGACUUGCCUUGGUCAUCCCCAGGAGCUUUCUGGAUGAGGUGUGGAGGCCGAGGUCACGCUGCAAGCCCCUUGGGUGUCAGGGAGAGGGGGAUUCCCCGUCCUCAGCAGUCACCCCACUCCCUGUGGGGUCAUUGUGAGCUGCUGGCCUGGACUGCCUGACUCUCUGCACCCCCUUGUCCCCACAGGCCACGAUGCUGCUCGGGGCGUCUUUGGUCGGGGUGCUGGUGUUCUCCAGGCUGGUGCUGAAGCUGCCCUGGACACAGGUGGGGUUUUCCCUUCUGCUUCUCUACCUGGGCUCUGGCGGCUGGCGCUUCAUCCGAGUCUUUGUCAAAACCAUCCGACGGGACCUAUUUGGUGGCCUGGUGCUCCUCAGAGUGAAGGCAAAGGUGCGGCGGUACCUGCAGGAGCGGGCGACUGUGCCCGUGCUGUUUGCUGCCACCCUCCGGCGCCAGCCCGACAAAACGGCCCUGAUCUUCGAGGGCACCGACACUCACUGGACCUUCCGCCAGCUAGAUGACUACUCGAGCCGCGUGGCCAACUUCCUGCAGGCCCGGGGCCUGGCCUCAGGCGAAGUGGCUGCCCUCUUCAUGGAGAACCGCAACGAGUUCGUGGGCCUGUGGCUGGGCAUGGCCAAGCUGGGCGUGGAGGCGGCGCUCAUCAACACCAACCUGCGGCGCGAUGCCCUGCGCCACUGCCUCACCACCUCCCGUGCACGGGUCCUCAUCUUUGGCAGCGAGAUGGCCCCAGCUGUGUGUGAAAUCCAUCCCAGCCUGGACCCCUCCCUCAGCCUGCUGUGCUCCGGCUCCUGGGAACCCAGCGCCGUGCCCACUGGCACAGAACACCUGGAUCCCCUGCUGGAGGCUGCCCCCAGGCACCUGCCCAGUCGCCCUGACAAGGGCUUCACAGACAAGCUCUUCUACAUCUACACAUCCGGCACAACCGGGAUGCCCAAAGCUGCCAUCGUGGUACACAGCAGGUAUUACCGCAUGGCCGCCCUGGUAUACUACGGAUUCCGCAUGCGGCCCAACGACAUCAUCUAUGACUGCCUGCCCCUCUACCACUCAGCAGGGAACAUCGUGGGGAUCGGCCAGUGCCUCAUCCACGGCAUGACCGUGGUGAUCCGCAAGAAGUUCUCAGCCUCUCGCUUCUGGGACGAUUGUAUCAAGUAUAACUGCACAAUCGUGCAGUAUAUCGGAGAGCUAUGCCGCUAUCUCCUGAACCAGCCCGAGCGGGAGGCUGAGACCCAGCACCAGGUGCGCAUGGCCCUGGGCAACGGCCUCCGGCAGUCUAUCUGGACCAACUUUUCCAGCCGGUUCCACAUCCCCCAGGUGGCAGAGUUCUACGGAGCCACCGAGUGCAACUGCAGCCUGGGCAACUUUGACAGCCAGGUGGGUGCCUGUGGCUUCAACAGCCGCAUCCUGUCCUUCGUGUACCCAAUCCGGCUGGUCCGCGUCAAUGAGGACACUAUGGAACUGAUCCGGGGGCCGGAUGGCGUCUGCAUUCCCUGCCAGCCAGGUGAGCCAGGCCAGCUGGUAGGCCGCAUCAUCCAGCAAGACCCCCUGCGCCGUUUCGAUGGCUACCUCAACCAGGGUGCCAACAACAAAAAGAUUGCCAAGGACGUCUUUAAGAAGGGGGACCAGGCCUACCUCUCUGGUGAUGUGUUGGUGAUGGAUGAGCUCGGAUACCUGUACUUCCGGGACCGCACAGGAGACACAUUCCGCUGGAAAGGGGAGAACGUGUCCACGACUGAGGUGGAGGGCACGCUCAGCCGCCUGCUGGACAUGGCCGACGUAGCGGUGUACGGCGUCGAGGUGCCUGGCACUGAGGGCCGGGCUGGAAUGGCUGCCAUUGCCAGCCCUGUCGGCGCCUGCGACUUGGAGCACUUCGCACGAGUACUUGAGAAGGAGCUGCCUCUGUACGCUCGCCCCAUCUUCCUGCGCUUCCUGCCUGAGCUGCACAAGACAGGGACCUACAAGCUCCUUAAGACAGAGCUGCGGAAGGAGGGCUUCGACCCGGCUGUCGUGAAAGACCCGCUCUUUUACCUGAACGCCCGCCAGGGCCGCUACGCUCCCCUCGACCAGCAGGCCUACACCCGCAUCCAGGCGGGCGAAGAAAAGCUGUGAUUUGCCCCCUCACAUCCCUCUGAGGAUUCUGGGCGAGGCCAGACCAAAGCAAGCUGGGCCUGGCACCUCCACCCUAAGGUGCUGACCCCUCCCCCCACCACUGCCAAGGGACUCACUGCCGCCUCCCUGCCCACCAACCUGUGGAGGUUUUCCGUGAAAGCCUCCUAUGCAGGCUCCUUCUCUUAGGCCAGAAAGGCCCUCCUCUGGACAGUGUCUCGAGUCAGACAGGGCAGGGAGUGAUCCUGCCCCAAGUGGGGGAGAGCAGGGAGCUUGGCUGGGACUAAGGCGGAGGCUCCCAGACUCAGGCAGCCCGCCAAGCGGGCAUGGGCAGUGGUGGGCACUGAGUGAGUGAUGGGAAUGUCAGCCCAAAGCUGCCUCGCUUCCCCCUGGCCUGCUCCCAGUUCUCGGGUACAAGAAGAUCCCAUGUGGGCCCCAACAUCCCCCUGUCCAGCAAGCAGUUGGGACGGAGCACCCGUGUCUCCCUGUACCACCGUCCUCCUCCCCUGGGGGGCCAUCUGUCCUUGCUGUGUGUGGGCCCAGCUGUGUCACAUCUCUGUCCCAGUCCUGGCCCAGCUAAGAGGGGAAGGGGUCAGGGGCCAAUAAAUUCCACCUUGACUCCUAA